AUGCUCCGCGGGCAGCCGGGUUUCCGGGUGUGGGCCCUGGGGCCGACGCACUGUGGGAGCCGGCAGAGAGCUGAGGGAGGCGCCUUGCGGCGGAGCCUGUCCCCCGGUGCAGAGGAGGCUUCCCGGUCCGAUGUGAGCGGGAGCCACGCUCGCACCAUGAGGCUCCGGCUCUGUGCGCUGGUCCCUGCCCUCCUGCUGCUGCUGCUGUGGGCGCCCGCACUCGGGGCGCUCCAACACCCGCCGCGCCCAGCGGAGCAGCGCCUCGAGAGGCUUGAAUCCGUGCUCUCAGAUUAUGACAUCCUCUCUCUGUCGAAUAUCCAGCAACACUCAUUAAGGAAAAGGGACCUCCAGCCAGAAUCGCAUAUAGAGAGACUCUUAAGUUUUUCAGCCUUGCGUAGGCACUUUAAAUUAUACCUAACGUCAACGGCUGAACACUUUUCUGAAAACUUUCAAGCACUAAUAGUGGACGGUAAAGGCAAGGAAAAGGAGUAUCAUGUACAAUGGCAAGAAUUCUUCACUGGACAUGUAGUUGGUGAACACAAUUCCAAGGUUAUAGCGCACAUAGGUGAUGAAGACUUUACUGUAAGAAUCAACACUGAUGGCGAAGAAUACAAUGUAGAGCCACUUUGGAGGUAUAUAGAUAAUACUCAAGAUGAAAGACUCUUGGUGUACAGAUCUGAAGAUAUUAAGGAUUUCUCACGUUUACAGUCCCCCAAAGUGUGUGGCUAUUUAAAACGUAAGGAGGAAGAAUUACUGCCCGAAGGACUACAGGGCAGCCAUUUAAAUGAAGUGAACAUCCUUCGGGAGAAAAGAGCCAUUGCAGACCACUCCAAGAACACAUGCAAGAUAUUAGUGGUGGCAGAUCAUCGCUUCUUCAAGUAUAUGGGCCGCGGGGAGGAAAGCACAACUAUUAAUUACUUAAUUGAAUUAAUAGACAGAGUGGAUGACAUCUAUCGAAAUACCUCUUGGGACAACGGAAACCUGAAAGGAUAUGGCAUACAAAUAGAGCAGAUUAUUGUCCACAAUGAAUCAAGUGUUGUGAUGCCUGGGAAAAAACAUUAUAACAUGGCAAAAAAUCAGCCAAAUGAAGAGAAGGAUGCUUGGGAGGUGAAGACACUGCUGGAGCAAUUUAGCUUUGAUAUAGCUGAGAAAGCAGCUCAUGUGUGCCUUGCUCAUCUCUUUACGUACCAAGAUUUCGAUAUGGGAACACUUGGACUAGCUUAUGUUGGAUCUCCCAGGCCUAACACCCAUGGUGGAAUUUGCCCAAAGGCUUAUUAUAGUCAACCUGCCAAAAAAAACAUCUAUUUGAACAGCGGCUUAACCAGCACAAAGAACUAUGGCAAAACUAUCCUCACAAAGGAAGCAGACUUGGUUACUACUCAUGAACUGGGACACAACUUUGGAGCAGAGCAUGAUCCAGACAGUCUGCCGGAAUGUGCCCCCACUGAAGACCAGGGAGGGAAAUAUGUUAUGUAUCCAAUUGCUGUGAGUGGCGAUCAUGAAAACAAUAAGAUGUUCUCAAGCUGCAGUAAACAAUCCAUCUGUAAGACCAUUCAGAGCAAGGCCCAGGAAUGUUUCAAAGAGCGCAACAAUCAAGUAUGUGGGAACUCCAGAGUGGAUGAAGGUGAGGAAUGCGAUCCUGGCCUUUUGAACAGGCAUGCUGAUCCCUGCUGCUCUGCUGAAUGUAAACUGAAACAAAAUGCCAAGUGCAGUGAUCGGAACAGCCCCUGUUGUAAAGGUUGCCAGUUUGAAAGCGCUCAGAAGAAAUGCCAGGAAGCCAUAAAUGCUACUUGUAAAGGAGAGUCCUAUUGCACUGGGAACAGCAGUGAUUGCCCGCCCCCUGGGAAUGCGCCGGAUGACACGAUCUGCGUGGAUUUGGGCAAGUGCAAAGAUGGAGAAUGUGUUCCAUUCUGCAUGAGGGAGAAGAAACUGCAAUCGUGUGCCUGUAAUGAAACGGACAAUUCCUGCAAGGUUUGCUGCCGGGACGAGCAUGGCAAGUGCAGUCCGUACGUCGAUGCCAGCCAGCAGUUCCUGUACUUACGGAAAGGAAAGCCCUGCACUGUGGGAUUCUGUGACAUGAAUGGCAAAUGUGAGAAGCAAGUGCAGGAUGUGAUUGAACGAUUUUGGGAUUUCAUCGAUCAGCUUAGCAUCAAUACUUUUGGGAAAUUCCUUGCAGACAAUAUAGUGGGCUCCGUACUUGUGUUUUCCUUGCUAUUUUGGAUUCCUCUCAGUAUUCUUGUCCAUUUUGUGGACAAGAAAUUGGAUAAACAGUAUGAAGAGAACACAAAAUCUCUAUUUUGUCCCAGUAAUGUUGAGAUGCUCAGUAGUAUGGACUCAGCAUCUGUUCGAAUUGUCAAGCCAUUUCCUACUGCACAGUCAACAAGCCGACACCAGCCACUGCAGCCCAUCACAGCAAUGCCUGUAGUAGCUGCAGCACCAAAACUGGACCACCAAAGAAUGGACACUAUUCAGGAGGACCCAAGUAUUGACUCUCAUGUUGAUGAAGAUUGCUUUGAGAAGGACCCUUUCCCAAAUAGUAGCUCAGCUGCUAAAUCUUUUGAGGAUCUUACAGACCAUCCUGUCACUAGGAGUGAGAAAGCAUCAUCCUUUAAACUACAGCGCCAAAAUCGAGUAGACAGCAAAGAAACCGAAUGCUAG